AUGUCGAAGCUUGUAGCCGUCAUCGCAGGCGUGGGGCCAGGCACGGGCGGCGCGGUAGCCCGCAAGUUUGCGUCACUCUACCCGGUCGUGCUGCUGGCACGUAAUCCGGACAACUAUGACAGCCUCGUCAAGGACAUUAACGGCGCCGGCGGCAAGGCCAUCGGCAUCUCGACCGACAUUGCCGACGCCAAGAGCGUGAAGGCCGCCUUCGACAAGAUCGGGAGUGAGUUUGGCGGUGAUUACGCGCUGGCUGCCGCCAUCUUCAACGCCAGCGGACGCUUCGUGCGCAAGCCGUUUCUCGAGCUGAGCGAGGAUGAGUUCAACGCCGGGCUCGACGUGUCGGGCAAGGGCGCCUUCCUGUUCGCACAGGCGACGCUGCCGCGGCUGGUCAGCGCGGCGCCCCACUCCAAGCACCCGCCCUCGCUCAUCUUUACUGGCGCCACGGCCUCUGUCAAGGCCAAUGCACAGAUGGCGUCGUUUGCCACGGGCAAGUGGGCCUUGAGAGCCCUGUCGCAGAGCUUGGCCAAGGAGUUUGGCCCGCAGGGCGUGCACGUCAGUCACGCCAUCAUCGACGGCGUCAUUGACAUUCCCAGGACGAAGGAGUAUUUAAAGGAUGCGCCGCCGGAUGCAAAGAUCAGUGCUGAUGGGAUUGCGGAUGCCUAUUGGCACCUUCACACACAGCCCAGAACUACCCUCACGUGGGAGAUCGAUAUCAGACCAUAUGUGGAGAAAUGGUAG